AAUACUCCGUGUUAUGGCCCAUCAGGAGUGUCUUGUGCAGCUUCAACCUUCAGCCCAAUGACAGACCUUUUCUCCUAUAUUUGAUUCAUUUUCUGUCUUUUACCCAUAUGAUUAAUGAUUCUUCGAAGAAGGAUAGCCCGCCAAUAUUUUUUUUUGUAAAUAGAGCUGUUGCCUCCAUCAUCUUUUUCCAUUUUCUACUCUCUUUCCUUCAUUUUUAUGGCUUUUUGUUUCUAGUAUCUUCCACGCGCUCUCUCUCUCUCGCUCUCUGUAUGUUGAUUCACGGAACCAAAGUUGUCAAAGUCUUUUCUGGAGCUCAUGCGUUUUGCUCUCCUUCCCUGUUCAUAUCUCUCUCUCUUUUCUCUUCUUACAAGCAGACCGAUCCAAAAACCAUAGAACACUCGGCCUUCAAUGUAUCGGCUUUGCUUAGAAAACCCAACUGGGAACAGGACAACCUCCUCAAAUCAGUAGUAUCUCACAUGACCCCGCAUGUUGCUUCAAACGUUAUAUCGCUUCAUAAUAUUAACCCUCAGCUCGGUGUUCGUUUUUUCAAGUGGGUGUGUAAACAAUCAACCUACUGCUACGAUAUAGAGCACAGAAUCCAUCUAGUAAACUUGAUUGUGUCUUCCAAUUUAUAUGGGGUUGCACAUGGGGCUAUAUUUUCACUGAUUAAAGACAGUGCAAAAAGCGAGAUAGAGAUUCUGAAGCUAAUGGAUGCGAUUGAUUGCUUGAGCGAGAGCGGGUUUAGGCUAAAUUACCCAUGUUACAGCACUCUUUUGAUGUCCUUAGCUAAAUUGAAUAUGGGCUUUUUAGCCUACUCGGUUUAUGAAAGAAUGGUAGCUAAAGGAUUUGUUAUUGGGAAUAUAGACUACAAAACCAUAAUCAAUGCUUUAUGCAAGAACGGACUUGUAGAAGCUGCUGAGAUGUUUUUGUGUAGAGUUUUGAAGCUUGGGUUUAGGUUAGAUACUCAUAUUUUCACCUCUCUGGUGUUAGGUUAUUGCAGGGUAUGUGACCUUAAACGUGCCUUCCUGGUGUUUGAGAAAAUGUCUAAAGAAGAUGGUUGUCUUCCUAAUUCUGUUACGUGGACGAUACUUAUACAUGGCUUAUGUGAAAUGGGGAGGCUUGAUGAAGCCUUUGACUUGAAAGAGAAAAUGAGUGAGAGGGGAUGCCAGCAGAGUACUCGCACAUACACGGUGCUUAUUAAAGCUCUGUGUGAUAACGGGUGGAUAGAUAAGGCUUUAUGCUUGCUCGAUGAAAUGGUUGCAGGGGAAUGCAAGCCGAAUAUUCAUACUUACACGGUUUUGAUUGACAAAUUGUGCAGAGGAGGAAAGGUUGCCGAGGCUAAUGGGAUGGUCAGAAGGAUAGUGAAAGAUGGCCUAUUUCCUAGCUUGGUAACUUACAAUGCACUGAUAAAUGGAUAUUGCAAACAAGGGCAGAUAAUUUCUGCUUUCGAACUUCUUAGCGUGAUGGAAAAGAGGAAUUGCAAGCCUGAUAUAAGAACCUACAAUGAGCUCAUGGAUGGGUUAUGUAGAGUUAAUAAACCAUACAAAGCAGUGUUCCUCUUGCAGAGGGUAAUUGAUAGUGGAUUGUUGCCUACCACUGUAACCUAUAACAUUCUUAUUGAUGGAUUCUGCAGAGAAGGCAAACUUGAUAUGGCUUACAAAGUAUUCAACUUGAUGAACACGUUUUGUCUUGAUCCUGAUUGUUAUAGUUUCACCACAAUAAUUGAUGGGCUUUGUAGGCAAAAGAAGCUUGAACUAGCUUCUGCUUUUCUGGGUUUGAUGGUAAAGAGGGGAAUCUCACAUGAUGAAAUAACAUUCACUGCCCUUAUUAAUGGCUACUGCAAAGCAGGCAAAACAAGAGAUGCUUUGGCGAUUUUUGCUGUUUUGGUUACAACCAUCCAUAUGAAGACUUCUCAUGCACUAAAUAUAUUUCUAGAUGUUCUCAGCAAAUUAUGUAAGUUGAAAGAGGAGUAUGCUUUGAUUGGGAAGAUCCUCAAGUAUGGUUUAGUUCCUUCUGUGGUGACUUACACAAUAUUAAUUGAUGGGCUUAUUCGAACUGGUGAUGUCACUCGUUCCUUUAACCUGAUAGAAAUGAUGAAACGAAACAACUGUCCCCCAAAUGUCUAUACAUACACGGUUGUCAUCAAUGGUCUUUGCCAACUUGGAAGAGUUGAGGAAGCAGAAGCACUUCUUUUUCGUAUGUCUGGUUUAGGAGUAUCUCCAAAUCAAGUUACAUAUACUGUAUUGGUGAACGCACAUGUGAAUGCUGGUAGAAUAAACCGUGCCCUUGAAAUCACAAGUUCCAUGGUUAGAAAUGGAUGUCAACCCAAUAACCGUACCUACUCUGCUCUAUUAGCCGGGUUUGUUUUGUCAGAGAAGACUGCUGAAGCAGAAACUUACAGUAUCACCACUGCAUCAGAUUCUUCGGAAGAAGAUCUUGAUGAGUGUGCUAAUAAUCUCUUCAGAGAAAUGAAUGUUGAGCAUGCUCUCAGUCUUCAAAAUAAAAUUGAGAAGUUUGGGGGUUCUACUGUUGACUUGUACAAUUUUUUAGUUGUGGGCUUAUGUAGGGAGGGGAGGUUUUCUGAAGCUCAUUAUCUUACCCAGCAUAUUGUCAGAUGUGGCGUGUUUCCUGACAAGGCCAUUUACUCUCUCAUUGAGUGGUAUUGCACGGAGCGGAAAUAUGAUGAAUGCAUCAAGUUCAUAGCUUCACUUGUCAGUAGUGGCUUUCUUCCAUCCUUUGAAUCCUACUGUUUAGUGAUUCAAGGCCUUUAUAAUGAUGGCAAGAGUGAAGAAGUGCAAAGGGUGGUUUCUGACCUCCUGAGGUCAAGUGGGAUAGAAGAAGAAGCUGCAACCUUACCAUAUAUUGAAUUCUUACUAAAGGGAGAUGAAUUAUCUAGCAAAUAUUUUGAGCUUCAAAAUCUUGUUGAACGAGGGCAUCACGGGGGAAGACCAGUUAUUUAGUUCAAACUUGAUCUUCUUCUCCAUUGACAUUUGCUAGAGAAGAAUAUGAAAUAGUAUCAUGCUGCAAUAAUGUAAGUUUGUGGAGUCACAUAUCUGGGAAUCCUGUAAGUAAUGGUUUGUGUCUGAUACAAGUUUCAUGUCCAAAAUGGGUUCGAUAUUGAGAUUGAAGACUCCGAGCAACGUAGCCUGAUGAUGGUGGUCGGGUAGGGAUUGUUGUGCACCUUGGUGGUGACGGGAUGAAGGUGGGUGACUUGAAGUAGUAGAAUACCACACGUUAAAGUUCCAGAGUUCUCAGACCAAACAAAGAUGAGAUUUUACUAAAAUUGGAAGCAACUAGCCUGAAUCCUGUUGAUUGGGAAACAAAGCAAGGAAUGUCGCAGUGUCUUCUUCCUUGUAGUUUUCCUUUAAUACCUGACUGGAGGUGUGCUUGCUGAAUUUGCAGUGGCUAGAAAGUUUGACAGUAGUGAGGACCUCAGAAGUUCAGCAGGUGAUGGUGCCAGUUUACCUAUAGCUGGUCUGACAGUCAGCAAGCUCUCACCAUAUCUACUGGCA